AGGUGUAGAACCACAACACCACAGCCAUGUCGAUUGGAGUGCCAAUCAAAGUCCUGCACGAGGCUGAAGGCCACAUCGUGACAUGUGAAACCAAUACAGGAGAAGUUUACCGAGGCAAACUUAUUGAAGCUGAGGACAACAUGAAUUGUCAGAUGUCCAACAUAACAGUGACAUACAGAGAUGGGCGAGUGGCACAGCUCGAGCAGGUGUACAUCAGAGGCAGCAAGAUACGGUUUCUCAUCUUACCAGAUAUGUUGAAGAAUGCUCCUAUGCUAAAGAGCAUGAAGAAUAAAAACCAGGGCUCUGGAGCUGGGCGAGGGAAAGCAGCCAUUCUCAAAGCUCAAGUGGCUGCGAGAGGACGAGGCCGUGGUAUGGGCCGUGGCAACAUCUUCCAGAAGCGAAGAUAAUUCUGUCUUGACCGACAUGCUUUUUUUAUUGAGGGUGUUAACUUGACUAUGUGUGCAUUGGUAUCAGUUUUGUUUAAUAAAUGGUUCUGACA